AAUACUGAAAAACAACAGAAGAGAAGCUCUUGGCUGGCAUCAUGUUCCGCAAAAAGAAGAAGAAACGCCCGGAGAUCUCAGCUCCGCAGAACUUCGAGCACCGUGUCCACACUUCUUUUGACCCCAAAGAAGGCAAAUUUGUGGGCCUGCCACCUCAAUGGCAGAAUAUUCUAGACACGCUGAGGCGGCCAAAGCCCGUGGUAGACCCGUCGAGGAUCACCCGGUUGCAACUCCAGCCUAUGAAGACCGUGGUGAGGGGCAGCACCGUGCAGGUGGAAGGCUACAUCUCUGGCAUCCUCAGCGACAUCCAGAAGCUUUCUGCCAUCAGCUCCAACACGCUGCGCGGGAGGAGCCCCACCAGCAGGAGGAGGGCUCAGUCCCUUGGGCUCCUGGGGGAAGACAGACCCCCGGACAUGUAUCUUCAGAGCCCAGAAGCAGACUGGGCAGACAAAUACGGAAACUACCUCAACUGCAACGGGGGAACCAAGGUGACCCGCAGGCAGACCAUGUGGCCGGAUUAUAAGCCCCGCUUAGACGGGCAGCCCCAUCCCAACGGCAUGGUUACGAAAGCCCAGUCCCUGGGGCCUUCGGAGUUUCAAGGUGCUGAUGGCAGCUAUGUGCAGCGGGCCCCCGCGCCACCCGCGGAGGAGGGCGAUAACCCUGGAAAAAAGAGCUCCGAAGACUGGCCUCAACCUUGCCCCGGGGGACAGGCAACCUCCAGGCCCUCAGGAGAGGGCAGUCCUAGCUCCAAAUCGCGGGAGAACAGCUUGAAGAGAAGGCUGCUGCGAAGCGUGUUCUCCUCGUCUGGUGGCUCAAACAAGUCAGGCCCUUCCCUGCAGCUAAAGCCUAACGCGUUCUUCAGGCCCCAGCAAUGGGGCUCACCACGCAGCCUUGCAGCCAAAGCCCAGUCCCUUCCGCCCGAUCAGCCGGCACCCGAUUUCCCCAGGAUGAUCUCGGAAGCUGGAACGCCCCAGAAGUCACAGGCGGUGGAGCAGGCGGUUGCGUUGCCCCAGGGCCGACCGUCGCCAGCAGGAUCUCCUCGAAACCGGCAGACUCAGACGAGUUCCAGCAACCUCCACCUUCCCCAGGACUCUUCGGUGAAAGGGCAGCCGGCUGGCGAGGACCCGGUGGUUGUGACUCAUGAGCAGUUCAAAGCUGCCCUCAGGAUGGUGGUGGACCAAGGGGACCCUCGGACUUUGCUGGAGAACUACGUGAAAAUCGGUGAGGGGUCCACAGGAAUUGUCUGCAUUGCCCGAGAGAAGCACUCGGGGCGACAAGUGGCAGUGAAAAUGAUGGAUCUCAGGAAGCAGCAGCGCCGGGAGCUCCUUUUCAAUGAGGUCGUGAUAAUGAGGGACUACCAGCAUGUCAACGUAGUAGAGAUGUACAAGAGCUACCUAGUGGGAGAGGAGCUUUGGGUGCUGAUGGAAUUCCUGCCGGGAGGCGCCCUUACGGACAUCGUGUCUCAGAUCAGGCUGAACGAGGAGCAGAUUGCAACAGUGUGUGAGUCAGUGCUGCAGGCUCUCGCGUAUCUUCACGCGCAGGGGGUCAUCCACCGAGACAUUAAGAGCGACUCUAUUCUGUUGACCCUGGAUGGCAGGGUAAAACUCUCAGAUUUUGGAUUCUGUGCUCAGAUCAGUAAAGAUGUACCUAAGAGAAAGUCCCUGGUAGGAACGCCCUACUGGAUGGCUCCAGAAGUUAUUGCAAGGAUACCAUACACAACUGAGGUGGAUAUCUGGUCUCUGGGGAUCAUGGUGAUAGAGAUGGUAGACGGAGAACCCCCCUAUUUCAGUGAUUCUCCAGUCCAAGCAAUGAAGAGGCUCCGUGACAGUCCUCCUCCCAGGCUGAAAAACUUCCACAGGACUUCUCCGGUGCUGAGAGACUUCUUGGAAAGGAUGUUGACCCGGGAUCCACUGGAAAGAGCGACAGCCCAAGAACUCCUGGAUCAUCCCUUCCUGCUCCAGACAGGACUUCCAGAGUGCCUGGUCCCCCUUAUCCAACAGUACCGAAAGCGAACCUCGACCUGCUGACUUUGUGCGAGG